AUGGAUUCACCUAUCAUAUCACCAACCCCUGCACCCUACCGGUUCAAGUACUUGCCGCUUUCGGAACUCACCCUACUAUCCUCGGCCGGGCAUAUAGCUCUCUCUCUUGCCCAGCUCCGGGGAGUCACAACUGGCCGGCCGCGCAUCGGAAAGGGAAAAACGGCCCGUGGCCAGGCAGGGUCAACACAAGCAGAGGGUCUCGUCGGGGUCAGGGUUCCAUAUGCAGUACUAUGGUCAGGCUUAGGCGGCCGCAAGAGUACUCACAUGGAGUCAAACAGCUACCGAGGCGUUCUCGGACCCGCGCCGGAUAGUGGAUAUGGCUCCGGAGCUCAUGCGUCUGCUCUCGACUAUCACGGCUACCAGACUGAUAUGGGUGAUCAUGGAAUUAAACUUGAUGCCAUGGACCAAGGCGACCGACCGUCGUUGCUGAAUGGCUCUUAUCAUGCACACCAAGAUUACACCAGGAUGAAUGGCAACGCCGGUGCUUUGGAUCCCGACGAGGCAGUGAACUUCUUCCAAGGCGGCAACGUAUGGGGAAGUUAUGAUAGAGGCCUCGUUGGGUUUGAAUCAAGCUUUUCGCCGUAUCAGCUCCCCAGUCAGAGUCAUUGGACCACGGCAGACAUGUCCUCCCCUGCCUUGCAUCAGCCGCCUCAAGCUUGGCAGACAGCCAUGAUGACCCCACCGGCGGAAUCUUAUGAUUUGAGCCGUUCAUACCAGCCAGGGACGCCGAUGGACCACUUCAAACAGCCAGCAGAGAUCCAAACAGAUACAUCGGGCUAUGGUUUUCCACAGAUGAAUGGGCGACACGACAUGUUUAUCCCUGAUUCCCAUAUGGAUGCUGUCAAGUUCGAAACCAACCUACUGAACUCUUGCACGGAAUCAUCUCCAGCUACGCCGGCCAGCUAUGUCGCCACCCCGACUUCUUCCAGAAAGUCUUCGCUGCUACACCAAUUCAGUGAGGAUCGCCCAAAGGAUGAAGUUAUGAUGGCGGAGUCAUCGGUGGGGACCUCUAUGGCGCUGGUCAUAACAGUGCCACCGAUGAACUCCAUUCAGAGCCAGCUUUUAACUCCGAUGCCCGUAACCAUAGGGGACGAAGUUUGUGUGUCGGGAGCCCACCCUGAUCUGUCGGGCUCGUCUCCAAAAUCGAUCGGGACCAACUUCACUCCAGACGUUGUCGCUGCAAAGUCGGACAACGGCCAAGAAAGCGUCCACAUGGAGCCAACCUUAAGCACGGGAAAGACAACAAGAACGACUGCCAAAGAACGGCGCGUGCGGGCUCCCAGACCUCCGGGCAGCAACCGGGCCGCAGCCAAGAAAUGCCGUGAAAAGACAAAAAAUAACGAAAAGGAACUGGAGUUUCGAGAAAGAAAUAUGGGAACACUGAACAUGCUGCUCAAGAGGGAGCUGGAACAGGUGAUCCGAGAAGCAGUUGAAUGGCGAACGAGGCUCCUUGCCCAUGCCCACUGCGACAAUCCCAGCAUCAACAACUGGAUUAAUGCUAGGGCGGUGGAGAUCUCCGAAAAUGUGUCCUCGGCCUCUGUGCAGACGUCAUCGGACAGGAUGCAGUCCAUGCCACUAACAAUGGGGCCGAUCUUGCGCCUGAAAUCCAUGAAAUUGAGGCCUGGUUAUGAUCGACAAGUUCAGCCCCAGUUUCAAGAGUCGCAACCGGUCGAAGAAGCACUGAACGAAGGUCAGGGAUCCGCGGCAGCUCCUAGCGCCUGA